AACGCGAGAUCACGCAGAAGUGCGAGAGUACGCGAGAAUGGGCAAUCGGAUGGCGGCUACUUCAAAAAGCGCAACACUAUACAUAGCAGUCUAAAUCAGGAAAGGUUUAUAACAGUAUAGAAGAUUUUUUAGUCUCACUGUUCAAUCAAGAUGUCAACCAGAGGGGUGCUGUCACCCCUCACAAACACACCCAUUUCCUUUCGAAAUCCACCUGCCUCAAAGUAUGUCUCACCUUCAACCAAACGCCAGCCAGGACUGUGCAGCACAGGAAGUCCUUCUGUUUCCCUCUUAAAUGAAGCUCAUGAUGAUGAAAAGGAAAGAAGAGACCGUCGUCGUUCAAGGAUUUUGGAGCUACAGAGAAAUUUUGGAACUAGUCCUGGUUCUUCGCCAUCUGACAGGAGAACAACACCCUUGAGUGGCCUGACCAGUGCCCAGCUGGCUGAACACUACAGUAACUGCAUUCAGCUGUCAGCAGAAAAUAAAAUCAACUCAAAGAAUGCAUUUGGCUUGCAUCUAAUUGACUACAUGACUGAAUUACUCAAGAAGAAAGAGCUGGAAAAUUUUCAGGUGGCAAGUUCAACUCUUGAUGCCAGUGCAAAGAUCUAUGCAGGACGUGUUGACUUCAUACAUUCAGAAACCUACAAAGUGCUCAGUGGUCUUGGAACAGGAUCCACCAAACAGCAAUCUGAUCUUGCUACUGAGGGAGAUGAUGACAGGGAUAAUCUUGACAAUGAUGAAAAACAGAAGAAAAAGAGGGUCCGAAAAAGCCACACGAUUGAGACAAACCUGAAAAAUAUCACAGUCAACAAGUUUGACCUUGAGUUUGAGGUUGAUCCCAUGUUUCAAGUGAUGUCAGCAACCUUUGAUGAAGGUGGAGCUAGUGGUCUUCUGAUGAAUCAUCUGCGUUGUUACAAUGACAGCCAGUUACUGGUGCUGGACUCCAAUGCUGUCAUGCCUAUCACUGAUGAGCAAACAACAGAUUCUCUCUUGAGCUCUCAUGGUCGUUCACAGCACAUACCUUUGGAUGUCUCAGAAGUCAAAGAUUUGAUGGAAAAGAUGAAUUUAGAAAACAGUGAGAUUUGUCCAGCUUUUCGUGACUUCAGAUUUACUGGAUGGGAUAGUACAGAUGCGAGCCAAUCCCUACCCAAACAAAUGUCGGAGUUUGCUUUUGAUCCGAGUAUUGAGCCAGCAGGAGAUUCUGCAGCAGAUGAUGAGAUUGCUAGUCUUCCAGGGGAUUUUGACAAUUUAAAUCUCCAAGAUGUCAGUGACACUGAAGCUGAUGAUGAUGCUGGUGCAGAGAAUGGAGUGGAGCAUAUAAGGCAGCUGAAGGGAGAUACUCACACAGCUGAGUUUAUACAGAAUGCAUUUAGUGAACUCACACAAGGUAAUGCAGGUAAACUGAUGCAGAUCCUGGCCACACAACCAUCUGACUAUUCCUAUUUUAACAAAGUGGUUACGCGCACAUGGGCUGGACCAUCCCAUUGGAAAACUGCACCCAUGUCUCGAGAUCCUAGCUUCAGGACGCUAAACAGCAAGUCUGACAGGAGUAAACCAAGGCGUCAACCAUUCCAGCUUACAUACGAAGGAGGGGUGGAUUUUGAAAGCAAGUUCAAGGCCUCCAAGGCUACUUCUCUUACCAAAGCCACCUUACAGAAGUACUGUCAAAACAAGACCACACUUCCUGAAGACCUCCACUUCCCAGCAGACAAACUUUUCCGUCUUUUCCACCGACAGAAAAUCAUGAUAAAACGGCAAACUGCAGACACUAUUGCAGUUGAAGACAGCAUCAAUAACUACAACUACGACAAUGCAAAUGACCGAGAAAACUACUGCCCUGAUGUUGGAUGUGAGGGUGAUGAUGACACGCCAGAACUGGGCUUCAACUUCUCUGAUGACUCACAUGGCUUGGGUGAGGCCUCACAAAGCCAGAUGUCUCAGCCCAUUAUGGAGGUUAAUGAUAGUGGACUGAAUGCUACAUCUCUCACAGGAGAUAAACUUCUUUCUCAACCUUAUAAGGUUGCCAAGAUUGAUUUAAAUUACUCAAAGACUGCUAAAAGGCUGGAUGUGCGGAAGCUGAAAACAUCCAUGUGGUCUGUUCUUACCUCAUCUUCUAAGAACUUAAAGACAGAAGACACUGCUACCAGCGAGUCAGCUCUUCAAACCACUGCAGGUGGGAAAGUAUUUGAAAAAAUGAUGAAAGAAGAAUGGACUUUCCAUUCGCUGCUGCAAAACCUGCAUACCAAGUUGUCAGGUGACGCAGCCCGCAAUCUCAGCGUCCCCAUUGCCUUUGUCUGUCUGCUUCAUCUGGCAAAUGAAAAGACAUUGAAAAUAAGUGAUCAAAGUAUGGCUGAUUUGAUAAUAGACCAGGACCUUUAACCUGAUUUUAUCAUUUUUUAAUUCCUGGAUCAUCUUGCCAUGAUGCCGAAAGUGUGUGCACCAAACAACCUCGCUAUUUCUAUUUUCACAAUGCAUUUUGUGUUAAUGACUUUUAUCAUUGGAAGAACUACUUUUUAAAUGCAUGAUAGUGAUUUCUGCUACUGGAAAUUUGAGCAUUGGAAUGUUUGCUCAUUAUUUUUAAGAUUGAUCAGGUUCACAAGUAUUCAUCUCAUCACGAGAUGUUAACAACACAAUUAUAAAACAAACUUACAAGUUAUUAUGUAUCUAUUUUAUACUUGUAAUAAUUUUGAAAGCAAGAAUACAGAAGUGACUUUUUGAUUGACAUAUUUAAUCAUUGUCAUUUGUGAAAGAUAUUGUGUUAACCUUUUUAUAGCGAGGAAGAUAUUAAGGCAAGAAAAAUCAUGAAGAGAUGGUUCACAAGCAUAAAAUGGGUGAAUAUGUGCUAGAGCUGUUGGUGAAUAGUGUUAGAAUAAUCAACUGUUGUCUGUUACUAAACUUUGCACAGUGUCAUUUUGUAGCUUGGUUCUCAACCACUUUCCUCAUUUUAGUAAAUUAAAGAAUGUCAGUGGGAUUAUGGUAAGAAGUGUGAACUUGAAUACUCAAACAAACAAGAGAAUGCUGAUUAUGUAUUUUUUUAUGCACAGGCUCUGGAUUAGAGACUAUUGCCUUUUAAGUGCUGAUACCAACUUCUGUCAACAAAUGUGUUUAGCAAACUUCUGCAAGACUUUGCAGUCCUGCAAGACGUCAGGAAGGCAUUUGUGCAUAAGCUAAAGUGCACCAGAAUUAGUUAUCACUCACUGACCUUUCACAGUAACAACUGAAAAAUUUUUUUGUGCUAAGCAAAUUUUGUUGUGGAUGUUUGGUUGAAGCUUUAUUAGAUUAGUUAGAAGUAUCACCACUCAUUUACCCAAAAGGAUUUCAGAGAAUUGCAAGAAAUUUGUCUAAAGAUGAUUAAUUUUUUUUAAAUUUUUGAUCAAAAUUUUAUCUUACAUGUUAAUUUGAUCUGAAAGUCUUUUAUCUAAUGAGAAAAAGAAUUUUAUAAUUAUCUAUCUAGAGUUCUAGAUUUUAAAAGCUGUCUGUUGGCUAGGAUAUAUUAAGUCUGAGAAUUAAACAAGGUUAAGUGCAUUUGGUGCAUGCAGUCCAUGGACAAAUAACUUAUCCCCCUUUCUACAAAAACUUCCCGUAAGAGUGACCAUUGAAGAAACUACACAAUGUACAUAACAGCUUAUGCCCCAGAUGAGCAUGGGAUACAAUGCUUAGUAGCACUAAUCUUUUCUGAUGCUAUUAUUGCUUUAAAGAAAUGAUUGGUUAAAAGAUGAAUACUAAAGUAUGUUAAUUUCUUACAGAAAAUUCCAGAAAAGAAGCAAGGUGUGACUUUUAAAAAUCACUUGCUUGCAGAAUUCAGUAUGGUUGAUGAAACUCUUGUAACAAUAAGAACUUUGCAACACAUGCUUUGCUAAAUGUUUCUUGCACUCAGUUGUUGGUGUAGAGCACUGUUUAUUCAGCCAAUGGAGAAAAAUGAGUAAUCUUGUUGUCAUCACAUAUUUUAAUAGGGGAACCAUCUGCCUUCGGAUUUGUGUACCCUGAAUAUGCUCAACAUGUAGAGUUUUUAUUUCCUAUUUUUAGUAUUAAACAUAAAGUAUAAUAAAUUUUAAACUAUAGAUUGAAA